AUGAUUUAGAAUAUACCCAUAAAUUAAUAAACAACAUAUUUGAAGACAUCAAAUUCACAAGAGAAGAAGAGUUAGAUAACAAAAUCCCAUUUUUAGAUGUCUUAAUCAGGAGAACCAACACAGGAAAUUUAGAAACACAAGUAUACAGAAAGUCGACGCACACAGAUCAAAUACUCAACUAUACUAGCAACAAUCCAAUUACUCACAAAAGAAACUGUGUGCAGACAUUGUUUAGAAGAAUUCAAACACAUUGUAGCACACCAGAGUUGAAAAGAAUGGAAGAAAAAUACUUACAAACGGUGUUCAAGAAGAAUGGUUAUCCAAAAAAUUUCAUCAAAAAGUGUUUAAAAUCGAAUGAAAGCACCAACAAAGAACCAUCACCAAAGACCAAAAAGCAAUUCAUCCUACCAUAUAUCAGAAACAUCUCUGAAAUAACGGCUAGAAUAAUGAAACCGUUUGAUAUAGAUGUAGCACACAAACCAGCUGAAUCGCUUAAUUCUAUCUUAUGCAAACCAAAAGAUCCGAUAGAAAAGGGAGAUAAAAUUAACACCAUUUACAAAAUAAAUUGUGUGAACUGUAACAAACAUUACAUCGGUCAAAGUGGGCGUCCCCUUCGAAUAAGAAUCCAGGAACACAAAUCAGCCGUGAAAAGACAUGAUAUAAAUUCUUUAGUAUCAAUACAUUCAGACGAUCAUGGACAUCAAUUUGAUUGGGAUAAUGUCAAAAUCUUAAACAGAGGAGACACCAAAUGUGCCAGAGAAUUCCUAGAAGCCUGGUACUCAAAUGAAAACGCAAUUAAUAAACACGUUAAUAUAGAUGAAAUAUACCAACUAAUAAGAAGUAAAUCAGGUGAUCAGAAAGUUUAAAAUCCCAAUCAAUAGAAAACGGUCAAUAAAUAUCUAAAGAUGGUUACCGGGAGACUCAUGAAGAAAUUUAAAUCAUUUCAUUUUAUCCUAAAUACUGCGCUGAAGAUGUCGUCCAGAAAGACGAUGAAAGCUCCGCAAUUAAACCAAGGAGCUCAGAGAACACUAUCAAUUCCAAAAAUGGGAAUUUCGAAAAUGGGAAGACUUUGCUAAACGGCAAGUUUCUACAGAAGAGCAAUUAUUCUUUCUUCAUGAAUGUCUCCGCCAGCAGACCCUACCAGCUUCUGUCAGAUAUAAACCACCAAUCAACUGCCCUCUAGGCUGGAAGUUAGCCAAACAACAUGGAAAACA